AUGAGCUGUAUUUGGUUGGCCAUUGCUGAAGGUCAGGGAAUGCCGCCAAAUGAUAAAGCUCAGAGAUUGUUAAUAGAAAAUGAGUAUAGAAGCAUCGUCAGUUUAAAAGCAAUAAAGGCACUAAAUACUCUCCAAGAAGUAUCUUUAGACUAUACGCAAGAAGAAAUAGAUCAAAAUAUCAGGGUAUUAAAAUCGAAACUUAGUUCUCUAUUAACAAAGCCGGAUGCAUCUCUUUAUGAUAGCAUUAAAAAAAAUUUAGAAA